AUGAUUGCUACCGGAAUUUGCCAUACCGAUCUAGCAUCUGCACAUGGUCACAAAGGUCCAGGUCUGCCAGCAAUUCUAGGACAUGAGGGGUCUGGAAUCGUCGAGAAAGUCGGAGCGGACGUUCGACAUGUCGAAGUCAGCGAUCAUGUUCUUCUCACAUAUAACGCGUGUCUCGAAUGCAAGCCAUGUCAGCGAGGCAGUCCAUCAUAUUGCAAGAAUGGGGAACGUGUGUGUUUUGGUGGAGCACGCUUGGACGGCACGAAGACUUUCUCACUGGAUGGAAAAGAUAUCAACUCAGCCUAUUUCGGGCAGUCAUCCUUUUCAAAGCGUUCGAUUGUUCGUGGUUUCUGCGCAGUGAAGAUUGACAAAAGCCUCCCUCUUGAGAUAUUAUGCAUUAUUGGUUGCGGUAUUCAGACUGGCGCAGGUACGGUGCUUAACGUCCUGAAGCCACAAGUCGGGUCGUCAAUUGCGAUAUUUGGAGUUGGAGGGGUGGGUCUCGCGGCCAUUAUGGCUGCAAAGAACUUCACGCCUGCAUCCAAGAUUAUUGCCGUUGAUAUUGUAGACUUGCGACUUGAUAUUGCAAAGGAACUUGGAGCUACGCACACAGUCAACUCAAAGGGUGGCGAUAUCGUUGCGUUGCUAAAUUCUCUGACAGAUGGUGAUGGCGUCGACCGUACAGUCGACUGUACGGGAAACUUGACUGUGAUUCAGAAUAUGAUCGCUGCCACUGCGAACAAUGGUAUUGCAGCUACAGUCGGUGGCGCACCUCAUGGCAGGUUCGUUCAAAUUGAGCCUGCAACUUGGAUAGGCCGAAAUGUCAGCUAUGUCGGGUCAUGUCAAGGUUCCUCUGUACCAAAAACGUUUAUUCCAGCACUAGUUGAAUUCUGGAAGCAAGGUCGGUUUCCUAUCGACAAGAUAUCCAAGUCCUACUCUUACAAGGAUGUGAAUAAGGCUGUUGAAGAUAUGGAGUCUGGUCACACAAUAAAACCUGUGCUGAUAUGGGAGGACUAG